GCGCGCUUUUUCUUCCCCCUUUCCUUCCUUCCUGCAGUCUCGGCCCUUCUGCCGUGAAAAGGAGGCUGUGAAGUCUGGGCUGUCCGCCGCCACUGAGCCGAUCCUGAACCAGCUCGCAGGUACAGUGGAAUGGCAGCAGAGCGCCUGCUGACGGACCGGAGCCCGCGCUCAGCUGUCGUUCCGGGGUCUUGAAUAGCUCGCGACCGCCGCUGGAGCCUCGGAGCCUGGAGGAGCCGCGGGUGGAGCUGCAGCCUGUCAGGCCGAGCCGAGCCGAGCCGAGCUGCUGUCAUCUCCCGCCCUGUUAAUGAUGCUCAGCAAGCUGCAGAACUGAAGCAUCGGCAACCCGAAAGCAGACCAGAGCAUUUUUCACUGCUCCCUCCCCCUCAGUGUCCCUGCAGGCUGCAGCAUGGAGCGUACCGGCAGCAUACAGCUGGACAUCCCAGACUUCAGUAACUCUGUUCUUUCUCACCUGAACCAGCUGCGUGUUCAAGGCCGUCUCUGUGACAUCGUGGUCAAUGUUCAGGGCCAAAGCUUUCGUGCACACAAGGUCGUACUAGCUGCCAGCUCGCCAUACUUUCGGGACCACAUGUCUCUGAGUCAGAUGAGCACUGUGUCACUGACAGUGAUCCGUAAUCCAUCAGUGUUCGAGCAACUGCUGUCCUUUUGCUACACGGGCCGUCUCUGCUUGCAGCUUGCAGACAUCAUCAGCUACCUGACAGCUGCCAGCUUCCUGCAGAUGCAGCAUAUUAUUGACCGCUGCACCCAAAUUCUUGAGGGUAUCCACCUAAAGAUCAGUCUGGCUGACCUGGACGAAGAGUCCAGGGAUGACGAGGUGGCACGGGGCUCCAGGAAUAGUAGGACAUUGGAGGCCGUGGUGCGAGGAGGGAGUCACAGUGGUCUGCGGCUGGUUGGCCCACGGGGAGGUGCAGAGCCGUGUGAAGCAGUCAGUCCAGCAGAAGAGCCACUUAGCCCAGCUCCAGCGGUGGAGCACAGUGGGCUAGAAGGGCCAGGGACCACCAGUGGAAGAGCAGGCAAAGAACCGAUACUACGUAUCAACCGAGCUGGUCAGUGGUAUGUGGAGACCAGCAGUGAACCGGAACGGACCGGCAGCGCUGAGGAGGGCAGCAUGGAUGGGAUCAGGAUAAAAACAGAGAGGAUGGAGGAAUGGAUUGGAACAGAAGAGCACCAGGAGGAGGGAGGGCCAAUGGAAGAGGGGGCCACGGUGAUGAUUGACACAUCAGGACGCAGUACACUGGUGACUGGACCGGUAGGAGCGCUGGGGACCCGUAGUAUCCAGCCAUCCUCCAGCUUCAGUGAGACAGACAGGUUUAGUCCCACUGGCAGCGUGGUCGUCCUCACAGAACGUCAGAGAGCAAAGAGCGAGUCUCCUAGCAGGGCAGAUGAGUUGCGACAGCCAAGCUCACAGGGAGAGGAGCAUACAACGUUUGAUAUGGGCGGUUAUGAGGACUACUUGAGGGAGCAGGUAGGAGAUCGCUGGUUCCGCUACAAUCCACGCCUCACCUGCAUCUACUGCUGCAAAUCCUUCAACCAGAAAGGGAGCCUAGACCGUCACAUGCGCCUACAUAUGGGUAUAACACCAUUUGUCUGCCGCAUCUGUGGGAAGAAGUACACCCGUAAAGACCAGCUGGAGUACCAUAUCCGCAAGCACACCGGCAACAAACCUUUCCACUGCCACGUUUGUGGGAAGAGCUUCCCCUUCCAGGCCAUCCUCAACCAGCAUUUCCGCAAGAACCACCCAGGCUGUGCACCCCAGGAAGCCCACAGCGCCUCCCCUGAGACCACCACCGCUUCAGUUACAUCCAGGGGUGGUCCCAGUGAUGAGGCCUCCCCCAGUCAGGAGGAAUCUGAAGGUGGAGGAGGUAAUAGUGCUGGAGGGCAAUAUGGAGAGGGUCCCCAAGCCUCUGUUUCUACAACAGGACCAGACUGACCCCAGUGAAGGAAGGAACAUGGGGUGGGGGGGUGAGUGGGGCAGCAUGAUCCUGUUGUAACCAAAGCUAACAGGAUGUUAAACCCGCUGAAGUCAAAGGACCCCUCAGAGUCUGAAAUGAGAUUUAUCCGCUUUAAACCGCAUCUACCUUCACCUACUAAACCGAACAGAUUAAGCUAAAAUGAAGAAAUUCCACACACUCCAACAACCUCAUGCCACAAAAUUCAGUGGUUCUCGUUUGCCUCCGCCUAGUUUAUGUUACAGAUUUCUACUUUUAUAUUUACAGGUAUUACUGGUCCACAAUGCAGCAUCACAACAGCAUGUCUGGUGGAGACUUUGCCAAACUACUCAGUGCCAGUUAAACAAUUCAAAUCCUUCAUAUUUGCCUUGAGACAAUCUGGAGCCGUUGGAUGAUGAUGAUAAUAAUAAUAAUAGUAGUAGUAAUAAUAAUAAUCUUAUGCGUUCUAUAAGUGCCAUAAUGGCGUUAAAAGGUAUAGUUGCACAAAAAGGUUCAAUGAGAAACUUAAAACUAUUUAGCUGAAGGUGCAUCCCAGUGUGAUUGGAGUUUCUGAUCUUUCCCCAUUUUCCUGCAUUUGGCACGAUUCAGGAUAGAUAAAGGUAUUACACUACACACUUUGACACUACGUACAUACCUCACUGUACAGCACAAAAAACUGCAGUCACAAUCCUCUGUUUCACAAAUAUGAUCAUCCAUCAAAAAUUGUAAAAUAUAUUGGGAGACAGUAGAAGGACGAUGUAAGUGGACUGGUUCUUAUGUAGCGCUUUUCUACUCUGAGCACUCAAAGCGCUUUAUGCAACUUCCCUCAUUCAUGAAUUCACACAAACACUUUGCUGUGUGCUUUCUGUCUAACAGUCACACACAUUUGAGCAACUUGGGGUUAAUAUCUUGCCCAAGGAUAUUUGGAUUGGAGAUUAGAGCAGCCAUGGAUCGAACCACCGACCUUCCAGUUAGAGGGUGACCUGCUCUACCUCUUGAGUCAUGGCCACCUGUGUGUGCCCAGUGGAAGAAUCGCAGGUGUAGAUGAAUAUACACUUGGCCGAUAAAAAUCUGCAAAUGUUUAAUGUUAUUAUUUUUGAUCAAGAAUAGUCAAAAACCCAAAAACCUGCAUUUUAAAAGAGAGAAGAUUUGCUUUCGUCACUGUGAACUAAAUUUUUCUUUGUUGGGGUUGUGAACUGCUGUUCACAAAGUUUUUAACUAUUAGUGCAUCUCACAAAAAUAGAAUAUGGAGAAAAAGUGUGGCUCUGCUAAGAUGCUAUUGAAGCUGCUCUGAUGCCAACUUCGUGUGGAUUUUUGGAUCAGGUUUUCACAUCUUCCUCGAAAAUACUCCAUAGUCUCUGUGGGGUUUAGGUCAGGUGACUCGGCUUGCCAAUUAAGUGGAGUAAUAGCAUUGUUGGUAACCAUUUGGUAGUAGUUUUGGAGCUGUAGUCAGGUCAGUCAUGUUGGCAAAGGAAAUUUGCACCGGCAUCACUAGAUAGAAACAUGCAGUCUGUUAAUGCAGCCGUCUUCCUGGAAGUUUAUCCUUUGACAUAUAAAAACUCUCCACUCAGCCGGCCUUUUCAGCAGUGACCGUCUGUGGCUUACCUUCCUUGUGGUGGAUGUUAAUGAUCGUCAUGUGGAGAGCCGUCAGGUCAGCAGUCUUCCCCAUGACUGUGAUUGUGUACGAGUCUGAGACAGAUACUGUGGUUUGAAUAGAAAUGUCCUAAAACGAUAAAGACCUCAGUGCAGUAUCUCGGACAGUUUGAAAUACUCCAUUUCUAAUUUUCUUGAGCUAUAAGCGAUCUUCAAAAAUGCUUGAAAAUAUUGACUUUGUGUGUAAUUAAUAUAGAAUAUAUGAAAAUUACCAUUGUGAAUGAAAUUGCCAAAAUAAUCACUUUUUCACUGUAAAUUUUUGAGAUGCACUAGUAUAUCCCAUUGCCUUCAACAGAGAAUGCAACAUAGGUCAUGUGACUUAUUUGCGUCACAUGAAAACUAUUACGUGCUUUCAUGUGAUCCUGUGAUAAAGUCACAAGUUUGUAUGUAUGCACAAGUAUAUCCCUGAGAAUCAAAUCAUCAGCUUUCCGCUUCUCUGGAUGUGCACGGGAUGUGUCGUAGGACAGAUAUUGAGAGGGAUUCUCACGCUUCAUGCAGGCAAAAUGGAUGGAAAAAUGUCUGUGGGGACUCCGGUCACACUGGGUUAAUGAAUUUGGCAUGAAAUGAAUAGAACUUCCUUACAAUAGUGUUUUUAUUGUGGCAGUUGAACUCAGUUUCUACAGCAGGUUUUAGAUCACACUUGACCACCAACAAACUCACAGCAGGAAAACUGGACAUUGUCCAGCCUCAGAUAAGCUACACAGCUCAAUUACCUCUCAUCACUACGCAAUACAGCUGCAGCACAGCACCACCAGGAAGCGCUCUGCUCCACUCCCACAGAGAUCUCAGUCACUUUUCUCAGAUAUUUUUAUAAACAAACAUGUAUUUAUUGUUUUUCUUCGGUUUUCUUGGACACUUUCUUGCUCUGACAACGGGUGUGAUGGAAGACAGCUUGUUGUUUGAGGAGAACAAGAUAUUGGGACGACCCGAUCAGUAUCUUGUGUGACAGUUAGUGACGCAUUUAAUCUACUGCACUUACCAACAAGCCUGCGGGAAAAAAAUCAGACUGAAACUAAGAGUGAAGCACAGGUGAAGCACAGGUAUUCAAGACACCGACACAGUAGAAAGGUCUGCUGAAGUGACUCCAAUUAUAGUCAGCACACCGAUCAAAGUCGAAUCAAAAUUUAUUGUCAUCGCUACUGUGAACACAGUGUACAGAGAGACGAGACGACGUGGCUCCAACUGCUGUUGUGCAACAAAACUAAAAAUAUGACUCGUAGAUUAAAAAAACAAUAUAAAUGGGUAGAAAGUCUUAUAUAUAAGGGGGCCAGACCCCACUGACAUAGCUAAACAAAUGCAUUAUUAUUAAAAAAAAAACCUCUCACCAUAAAGUGUCAGGAAAAGGGAAAUGAUCUCUUCUGGUCUCUUUGGGGAAUACUUCGCCUUAGAGCAGGGGUGGGAAACUCCGGGUCUUAAGAGCUGAUGUCCUGCAGGUUUUAGAUGUGUCCUUGAGCCAACACAGCAGAUUUAAACGGCUAAAUGACCUCCUCAACAUGUCUUGAAGUUCUCCAGAGGCCUGGUAAUGAACUAAUCAUUUAAAUCAGGUGUGUUGACCCAGGGUGAGAUCUAAAACCUGCAGGACACCGGCCCAUGAGGCCUGGAGUUGGACACCUCUGUGGCUACUUGAUGAACUGUAGUUUUUGGCUUUGAGGUUACUGCUUAGUCCCAGUAUAAAUAUUACCUCAUUAGGUUGUCAAUUUUUACUUAUCCGUGAGUGUGUAACUGUAUUCCAAGGGUCAAUAUUUUUUUUUUACCGGAUAGUAAAGAUCGUAAAAUAAUACAUUAAUAUGCUUGCCUUAUUUAACCUAUUAAAAAUAUUAGUUUUGGGAAAGUUCAAAAAUCCUAUAACUUGUUGAGCACCACAGCGCUGCCACAGAGGAGUUCACCUUCACUCCUGAUGUCAUAGACAUGAAACGGUGACACUGUUGAGGAUAAAUGGAGUCUUUGCAUAAAAAGGUAGACCACAAAAUAUAUACAUUUGAGUACAUGAACAGGACACAUGUUACUUAACCUUGGCUUCGUUUUUGUGUGUAGAGUGCAGUAGAGGUAAUGCGUCACUGACAAUAGAUGGUUCUGAUCUGGAUGAACGUUGAUUGGAUAUUGACAAGCCAAACCCUGAUAGACCAGAUGGAUGUAGUGGCCAGGCCUUGGAGCUGAACUUCAGAAGCCUCCUGUGAUCAGAGUUGACCUGUCGGAGGGCGGGAGCAGGUCGGACUAUCUGGCAACCAAAGGAAAGAUGGCGUGGCCGCGUGGGCCCCUCAAAACGCCAAAACAACUAAACCUCUUAUCAAUGAGGGAGAACGAGAAGGUCACAAAGUUUUUGUAACAAGAGAACAAUAACAAAUCUACACACAUUAUAAGACAAAUGUAUUUAAACUACUAAGAUGUUUUUGUUUUGUUUUUUAAAUAUGAUUAAUGUAAACAAGCUAGGAGUAGGCAGGUAGCACACAGAUGGGCUGUUACUGUUUUCUUCUACAGAGCUGUGAAACAGAUUCUCAGUGGAUGGUCAAUUUUUUUAUGCAAGUGAAGCCAGCGGCUCUGUCCUCAAUCGAGUGAUUGGAGAUUUUGUCCCAGAUGCCACUGCAGCCACUGCCGCUAGGCUCACACUUCAGGCUAACCAGGAUAUCAGGUAUACAAACUCUUUUCUUUUAUUCAAAGAAUUGGAUGUUUACCUUUCCCACGUAGCAGUAUGCUAACAGCUAAACCUCAGUGCAGUAUGCACGCUGCAGAAAUAAAACUUACCUGUAAACAAAAAAAAGCAGCAGGGAAGGCAUCCUCACGAGUCGCCGUAGAGGUCGGCAAAACCAAGACUGGGAAAUAUGAAACAGAAAUGAGCAUGGUGACCUCAAGACCUCUUUCCACAGAAUGUGUGGAUGUCUGCCACAGUCUGGGUCGGUGUAUAAGUAUGUGGUGAUCUUGCCUCUAACAGAUGUUUAAGUUUUGUCUGCUGUGUUGGGCUGGAACGUGACUUUGAGCAGGUGUUUUGAAAGAAAUCGCGACUUUUAGAAGCAACCAAAAGGGGCUGAAUACAAUGACUCAUGCAGGAAAUAUUGUGUAAAAUUAAGCAAACAUUAUUCAAUUAAGUUCCAUUCAACAGUCACCCCCAAGGUGCUGUGUAUUGUAAGUUAAAGACCCUACAGAAUAACGGGGAAAAGCACAUUUAAAAAAUAUUUCAUGUUCCAUAAAGUGACAAUCAAAUGAUUUUAGCUGCUAAUUAAUAAUUAAAUUCUUUGAACAAAAUCACCUAAAUGGACAUUACUUCUGGAAGGUAUUUAGUAUUUCAUCAUGGCUCGAGCACAUUCAAAUCAGGAGCUGAUUAAAAACUAUUUAAAACCAGCCGUGAUUAUACAGAUUAAACAGAGCAACGUGCUGGGAGGUAUGUGACAUGACAAAGAGCAGCUCGAGUCAUUUGCCUGAACCCGCAUCUAGCAGGAGCUAACGUGUGACUUUACAGUACAUUUGUGUAUUCGUGUUACUUCCUGCAUCAUUUUUUCAGGUCAAAUGUAUCCAUUGUAUUGUAGUCUUAACAUGUUAUGUUAGCAAAAUAAUCUUUAUAUUGUAAGGUAGACCCUACAGUAAUCCAUAACUAAUAUAGCAGUUGAGGACUUUUCAGUGUGGAACUCUUUAGUUUUGUUGAUAUAAGGCUAAAAAGAAGACGUUGGCAGUUACCUGCUACUUCUUCUUGUAUUUAAACGUGAACUAAAAAUCCACAGGUACAGGGCUUUCCUGCCUCAGAGUGGGCCUUUUUGGGGGUAACAACUAGAUUGGUCUGCAUGUAGUUGUGUAGUAUAGACUGUUUCAGCAUUGUAUUGCUGUUUCUGGCCAUUGACCAACAAAAAUGCCUUUUAUUCCUGAGAACCCCCCCCCCCCCCCCCCCCCCAAAAAAAAAAAAUUAAAAGAAAUGUGUGUGCCACCAUUUUUGUAAAAUCCCAGAUGCAUAUACUUGUUUUAUCACAUAUAAAGUCCAGUACCAGAAAGCAUAGCCCAAAACACUGUUUCAGCUUCAAUAAUAUUUUCUGCACAGGUCAGGAUUCAGCCCCUCUAUUGAUUCAAUUACCGACAUCAUGUAGAUGAUUUAAGACCUGAGCGUUUCUUCAUGUUUCAUAAGAAAUCCGGUUCAUUUUGGUUCACUUUGUGUUUUACAUUUAUCAGGAAUUAUCCAAUGUAUAGAAAACUUUUUAGAGCAGUGAUCAUGAGAAGCACUUCAAAGAGACAUUUCUGACAAAGAACAAAAGAUUCGAGUUGCACAUGUUGACCUGUUCCAGCGUAAAGACAUUAACUUGGGGUUUCCGACCACCAUAGAUCCAGGAACAAACAGAUCGGCCUUCUUUUCUCUGUUUCAUAUUCUGUUUCUGCUUCCUCCUCUUUGCUCUGAGUUGUAGGAAAGCAGGGAAGACUUCAUGUUUUCACUGAGCAAUACAUCAUUUCAAGUUAUUGUUGGUAACAAGCUGCUCCCUUCUGGUUCAGUGUGGUCCUACUUGAGAAAUCUACAGGAGGAAAAGUUGGCUUAGAGCUGCAUUCAGAAACAACUGCAUUUCAAACUUGGUCAUAAGAGAACUGCUCAAUCAAGUCUUUCUCUGCUCAAACAUGCAGCAUUGACAGUUUGCCUAUAAGGCACCAACAGCAACCCAAUCUUCAUGAAUCUGUCCAGUGGAAAUGACAGAUUUCAGUCUAUAUUCAAAUUAUCAUUCUGUUGCACAUCAGACUUGUAUAGUUAUACGCAAAAAUAUUAAGAAAAACUUGGUAAAAGCAAGCAAAUGUGUCUCAAUUCACCCAAAAUGGGUUGUGAAGUGUAGUGAACACUGAACUGUAAGAGGGAAGGUGCUCAAUUGAACCAUCGUCUGUGCAGUGAAAUGGCCUCGCCUAGCGUUCUUAAAUGUUGUUCACUCGUUAAUUUCUGAAGUAAACUUGCCUGUAUCUGCUGUUUGUCCAGUCCCUUGGAGUCACAGACAUAACAAUCUCUGUCAUUAUGCUCAACAACACGAGCGAUGCAGCAAUGAGUCAGACAUGAGUAAAUGUUAAGGCUCAUCGCAGUGUUCACCGUUACUUCAGCCGCGUUUGCUUUAAACACAGACGGCCCAAAUCAGACUUUUCCUCCUCGAUGAUUUCUCAUGUUCUGAUCCACUUUCAUCCUCAAACUGUGAAAAACAGCGGAACCUCCUCAUGAUCCUCACGUCUUUGAUCCAGUCAAGGUUCCAGCUCAUUUGCUUUAUUCAGAAUGCUAAACCUUAGUUCAAUUAUCUUGUAAUAGGUGCAGUCUAAAUUUUCUUUUUCCUACCUGGAUAAAUCAAGUGUUUAGCACAUGAAUAUCCAGUAACGUUGACCACAACAUGCCUAACCAUAAAUCAGAUCAUUUAACUAUAUUCACGUAAUAACUCUUUAAUGUUGAUUCCUCAGAGUAUAUCCUAAUAUAUCAAUGCAGAAAAUAAGUCAAAGUAAACAAAUUUUAGAUAGUAAAUUAACUUUUAAUACUGUACUUUUUUUUUUUUUCUUGAAGAGGAAGUACUUAAGUUCUGUAGUAGAUGAACCUAAAAGGUUUUAUGUGAACAUCUUUUAUGUUGCAUGUCUAUUGCUAAAUCAUGUUGGUGGAGGGUGUGGGAGGGUGGGGGGAUGUGAGGCCAAAGGUCAGUUAGUUUAGAUAAAUGUGAAGAUGCUUACUUUCACUAUGACCACUAGAUCACUCACAGGUUGCAUCUCCUUCAAAGGAAAUAAAGCACUUUAAGUGACAAAUGCCACCGACUCGCCUCUGUCUCCAACAGCAUUCACAAACGUGCGCGUAUGAACGUGACACACACAUCUGGAGCACUACUCUCUCACCUGUUUUCCAUGAACAUGUUUAGAAGUGCCUCAAACUGAAUGCUGCAACUACUCCUACUACUACUAAAAAUAAAAAAAAAAUUGUAUAAAAAUAAAAAAAGUUUGUUGUUAUUGCAGUGUUCCGAACACCUUCAUCCAAAACGCUCAGAAUUAAAGUAUUUUAAUGCGUUAAGAUUUUCUGCUCUUUAAUAUCUUAAGUUAUUGGAUGUAAAUCCUCGCGUUUCUUGGCACUUUGUCAGGUGUGGAUGGUUUUUUUUUUUUCCGGUCCUUGUGGAGAAUCUGGAUGGUUUUCAGUAACCCCGGUUCGGGCUGACAGGGCAGAUGCUCCUUGCCCUCCAUGUGGUCUCUUUUCAAGUUCAGUUCCUUUUCUUUUUCAACUGAAGCCACGGUGAGUAUCUCAAGGCGGCGAUAUUCAGCAACACUGUUAUUUCAUUUGUUUUGCAUUUAUUUACUUAAAUCAAUUACUGUGGAAACACUUUUGAAAGCUGCAUCUUUUCUAAGUCACCCUGAUCGCUGAUUUGAGACCGGGAAGACGAGACACCAACCCAUCCUCAGGGGUGAUCAGCUAGUGGAUUCCCGGCGCCGGUCCCAAGCUUGGAUAAAUCUAACUGCUGUGACGUCUUGUUGGGAAAUGAGGGAGAAGCACCAAGGCA